AAAGGCAGCGCAGCGGCGAAAGGAGUGCAGCGGCGAAAGCCUUGCUUGGUUUGCUUGAGAGCUGCAGGCUCGCGCGCAGGGUGUUGUGGACAGCAUGCGUUGGCUUGCCUGCGUUUUUGUUGCGCUAGCAGCUUUCAAGGGUGGGGCAGACGAGCUGUCGACCGACGCAUCUCUCCCGACAAUCAACGUGAAGUAUGACUUUCCCGUCAAGGACUUGUCCGGGGGUGGGCCGCGUGCUGCAGCGCAAAAAGGCGGUGGUUUGAAGACUAUUUUGGCGCCUUGUGGGCAUUGCUCGUGCUUCCCAGCCGCGUUUGCUUUUCGCGCGCGAGCCGCGCGCCUCCUCGACGCGGUGGACGCAGCCUCCGAAGAUAGCGGAAAGGUUGGGGCUGCGGAAGCAGUUGUGCUUGAAGACGUUGGGCUGGUGGGAAACCUGUGCAGUGUUGUCUCUGUUGGUUUGUCUGCUUGCCCGCAGGUAGCCUCUCGCUUGAAAACAAGAGCGUGAGUAUGAAAUUGUGUCGGCGCAGGCCACGCCCUGCUUGACUAAAGGUCCCGCGCUGCAGAAAAAGACGACUGUCUUGUUGGCCUUUCGGCGCGGGAGGGCUGCCUUCGCCCAACAGGAUAUGUUUUCUGGGCCAG